AUGCCGCCCUCCACCGUUUUCUCAUACUGGCGCCGAGACCAUCGGCGUUCGUCCGCGUCACCUGUUUCUUUGCCUGCUCCCUCACCAUCUGCAAAAGGAACCAACGGAAGCCCGAAAAGCAGCCCUCCUCGGCUCCCAGAGAUCCCAGAUGCGCCCACGCUCACCACUACCUUCGAGGGCCCCCUUUCCCGCCAUGCUUUUCCCUCGAACGAGUCGCCGCUGGACAUCGAUGCUUCGAAGCUGAACAUCAGCUCAUCAGCCGCGCCGCUAUCCUCCUCGCUCACUCUACGGGUUCCGUCGCCGGCGUUGGAGAAGGACAGCCGUCCACAUUCCAGCCCCGGCGACUGUGGGGAAGAAGAGCUCACAUCCCAGGGGAGCAAUUCCCAACUUUCUGUGAUGGCUCUACGGUCUGAUCAAGGUGAAGGAGAAUCGAGUUCAAAGCCGAGCUCGCCAUUCCGGCGAUCGUUCGGCAAGCAGAAACGGUCACCAACUGCGGUAACAGGGUCCGGCCAUUUCCGGUUCAGAACCUCACCGGAAGAUGUGCCGGCCGAUAAACAAACCAUACUACAAAAAGAGGGCAAGGUGGAUAGUAGUACAACUGUCAAACGCAUCGGGGAUCGGGAUGUAGUGGUGGAACAGACACAUCACAAGUCGAGUAAGGCGAUGCUUCAUCUCUUGAAUCCGAUGUCCCUCCUUGCCCGCAGGCGAUCUUCGCAGCUGGUCAACUCUCGGGCUGAGGAUGUCAAAACCAAGAAUCGGAAUGUGCCUGCUAUGCCAGAUGACUACGAUCCUAGGAUUCGCGGUCAUAUUGUCCAUGACUUUUCAGCGCCACGACCUCGCAGCAAUAUCUCUACCAUCCGACAGGCUUUGAAUACCAAUACACGAGAUGCUUCGCAAAUACCCAGUCAACCCGGCGGUGCUCGCUGGAAUGACCAGGCCAAACGAAAUAGUGAUCAUUCCCCGGUUUUCAAGGAACAUUUUGAGGAUCAGGAUGUCUUGCAGGUGGAGAAUAAGGGAUAUCUUCAAUCUUCACUUCUAACGGGCCAAUCGCAGCCCGGUUACGAGAACUCUUUACCAGUUUUCGCGCGCAAUCUGCCCUCUCACCUACCAGAGGGAAGUGUUGAGGUUGCUGAGCAAGUUGAGCGUGAGGCGGUGGCACCUCCGAGCCCACCUAAAGCAAUCUCACAUGCUCACCCUCAACAACCUCAAGACCAAGAUACUAUUCCGAAUGUGCCAUUUAACCCUUCGGCAUUGCCGCGACAUCUCAAGAGCAAUGCCUCUCGGUUCAGCUUUGAUAUGAGCGGAGUGGAGUCUUCCGCCCAGGAGAGAAUGUUGGAAGAGAAGCAUAAAGCCAAAGAGGCAUCCCGCAAAAUGGAAGAUGGGUAUUUCGAUGACUUUGAUGAGGACUUCGACGAUGACAUGAUAGAUGACAUCGACGGUCUGGAAGAGAAAAUUCCUGGAGUCAACGCCGAUGCCGAUGACGAUUACGACGACUUCCCUGUUACUCGCAAUAUCAACAACGAGCUCAAGUCUUGGGCUGCCCCAGGCUUGUCACCUGUUGUUGCUAGCCCCAUCACAUCUGCGCCAUCAGACCCCGCAAUCAACUCCUACUUCAGUUCUCACCCCUCGGAGGUCACGCAAUCAAACGACGGCCCCAAUCAAAAAUCUCCAGAGCAGCAGCCCUCUCUAGCAACUAGCGACAAUGUGGUAGCAAAUCCUCCACUGGUUCCAUUUGUCAAACAACCUACACAAAUCAUUGAUGAUGACGACGAUCUUUAUUUCGACGACGGUGAUUUCGGAGAUCUGGAUGUUGACAACCAAGGUGGGGAAUUUGAUGAAUCUAUAUUCGAUGAUGAGACCAGCCAUCUAUAUGAACGUAAACUGGUGGGUGCCCCUGCGGUACCCCCAUCCGUGGACAAUACUGCCCCUGGUGCUGGUGACUCUUCAUCAGGGAGAGAAAGCCCCGUGGCGGAAGCUGGUGCUCAGGGACUGCAGCACAUGCCUAGUGUUGCCAGUGACUAUCGAGUACCAGGACCGGUCAAACGUGGUCCCCUCGGUGACCCAAUACCAAACAUGGGUCCUGCACGCGCCCAUGGAGGUGUCCUCACAGAACAAAACCUGGAUAUUUUGCAUAAUGCCCUCGCUUUCGCAGCCAAUGAAGCUACCCAUAGUGGACGUUUUGAACGAACAUUCAGCACGAGCGAUGAAUCUCAGGGGGAAGCGAGCGCAGCCCGAACAUCGCAGACAAUUGAGUCGCAGCCCGGUCUGGUCUCAGACGACAGCCGGAUCAGCCAAGCUGCUGAGGCCAUGGCGUUCGAAGACGUUUUCGAUGAUCCGAUCUACGACGAUCUGAUCUACGACGAUAACGAUGAUUCGUAUUUCGACGACGCGAUUGUUGCUGCUGCCAACGCUGAAGCUCUCGAGAACGACGACGACGGCUUCUACGGACAAGAGUUCGGCUUUUACGCGCAAGCAGAUGGCAGCGGCAGCUCCGAGCUGACCAACGGUGGAUACUUUGGCCCGCGACGAGUCGAAGGCAUCACGCGUAGCCACAGCAGCCGUGGGAAGUUCCAAGAGCCUAGCUUAACUCCCAUUACCGAACGAAGCGAGUGGAGCACGCGCAACUCUAUGAUCUCGAUCAAGACCCACCCCAAUUCAGCCCUAGCAAGCCCUGGGCUGGCGCAACUGGUGGAUAUGGGCAACCUUGACGAUGAGAUGUCGCUGACCGCGCUCAUGAAACUUCGUCGUGGAGCUUGGGGUGGGAGCAACGGUAGCCUACGCAGUAGUGCAGGUAGUCCACCUCCCCAUACGGUCUCGUCCUCUCAGCGUGCUAGCUUUAAUGGCGCUGAGGGAAGCCCACCAGUCUCGGAUGCGAGACCCUUCAGCCCCGACGAGGGCUCUUCGAGUGCUGCUGGUUAUUUCCAUGACGACAGUCACCCACGCACUGCUUCCCCACUGUCAGUGCGACCGGAAUACGAAGAGGUUCCGACCGGCGGAUCCCAGCGGCUCAACGUCUUGUAA